UUUAAAAUGCUCAAGAUGAUCCUGCACCAGAGGCUUGAGAAACUAAACAGAGCCUUCAUUGUACUGUGGUGUUAUGUCAUUCAUUUAUGAAGGCAGCGGCACACGAGCAAGUUGCGCAUACUGUUUAUAAAACCUAGACAUCAUCUAUGGAUCAAGCGUAAAAACGUGUUGCUAGGUAAUGAACAGAGGCGCGCGGAAGACGCGCACUAGCGCACGGAGCAGCAGGUUUGAUGGAUAUUCAACAGGAGAAGCAGAGGACAUGGACGGUGAAGAUGAAGCUCACAGCAGACCUUCAUCAGUGCUGUGGGAAAGACACAUCGAGCAGAGUAUAUUUGUGGAUAUAAGCGAUGAUGACAGCCUGCACUUCAGUGAUAUGGAGGGCGCCUUCAAUGUCCAGCUCUUACAGGGCUCUGGUGUACCUGAGAGCCCUCAACUCACUGAUGAUGCAGAGCAGUCAGAGUCAUGUGAAACCGAAGAGGGAUCCUCAGAGACUCUCGAAUCAGUCAGUAGUGAACACACAGAGCAUUCAAACCCUGGAAAGAGGAGGGGAAAUAUAACCAAAGCACCAAUGCAGAAACUCAGCACUACAGUAAAGCCAGUCAUUGCAACACAUGAGGAUGAUGCUGUCAACACUAGUGAUGAAGAACAUGAAGAUCUCCCAUAUGAUGGUGCACACAAAACUGAGAUGAAUUUAAAAUCAACUCCAUGUGAAACGGUUACACCAAGGCAAACACUUGAUAAGUUUAAUAUGCAAAUCGGUCAUGCAGAAGAAACAGUGGCUUGCCAAUCUAAUCUUACUCACGCUCUUCCAUCCAAUCAUAAAACAGCAGACUGUUUGGCUCCUCCUGUUACCACGCCCACUCAACCUUCAGACCGCAUCUCUGACCUCCUGCUCAGACACUUCUCAAAAGAGGAGCUGCUGAACUCAAGCAGGAUCAUCGAAGCUGAGACCCUGCCGGAGAUGUCUUUGAUGGAGAGCAUUGAUGAAACUGUGCUCAGCAAAGCUUCACAGAUCUGCAUAGGAGACAUGGAGAAGAUUCAAGAUGUGAUUGAGGAGACAGAUCCUGCUGAAAGCCAUGAACUGGUUGAAGAAGGCAUUUCGAAUGAGUCGAGUUUACCUAAGGAACCUGUAAUGUCUUGCAUUAGUGAUGCUGCAUUGGUUAUGGAUGAAGAUAAUGAUAAUGAUAAGGAGCAGAGCCGCAGUACGAACUCUUUAGAUUUGUCUAAUGCAGAUGCAUUGAAACCAAAGUUCUCCUUCAGCAGGAGCAGGUCCUAUGGUGAGCUGAAAUAUGGACAGGGAAAGGUGCAUUACCCACUGCCUGACUUCUCUAAAGUGGCACCUAAAGUCAAAAUACCUAAAGCUAAUGGAAGUGUGAAGCCAGUCAGCCAGUCAUUGGCUAUGGCACAAACCCAGUCGUCCCUGGGUAAAUCUGGCUCCUCCUGUACGGCUAAAGUAGACGUCAUCAGCAGGGUUUUAGAGGACUCCAUCAUGGCACCAGAGAACGUGUUCGCAGACAAGGAAGUGGCACAUAAAUUACAGAUGGAAUAUGACAGAUUGCUUGCUAAAUACACAGAAGACGAAAACCUAAUUGGUCAGCAGAUUCACACUUCCAGUGAGCCUUCUGUGACCAUCGACUGGAAUGAGGCAACUAACAACACUGACAACACCAAACUGACAGCAAAUAACCCGCAGGCACCAACCACAGGCAAGAGGCCAUUGUGUUAUUUCUCCAGCUGAAUACUGUGCUACAGUGUAACCCUGGCAGCAGAGAAACCCUGCCUGGGAAAUUUGAGCUUCUUCAGCAGUUGCAGAGUGCAACAAGAAAAAUGUUUGAGAGGACAUCCGUUAUUAGUAUUGUUUAUACUUCAAAGCAUAAUUCA